CUCGUUCAACGAAUACAUUACGUCACGCGUUGUUGCAGGUUGGGUGUAGUUCGUUACAGUUCGGAGUAGUCAUGUCAAGGGUGUUGUCCGUGUGCGAUUGAAUUCGAAAGAAAUGUCGAAUGGAAAGAUGUGGCUCCAAUAUUACGCGUCAUUACUGUCCCUGUGCUGUUUCGCGUUACAUCAAAUUCACGGUCAGCACUUGAACAAUACACUCACCUGGUGUACCGUCUCCGAGGGCGAGCAGAAUAAAUGCAAAGCCUUCGCCAGUGCGGUCGACCGCGAGAUAGGUUCCUUCAACUACACAUAUUUUUCGGUGCGAUGCAAGCAGGCGUUCAACAAGGAGGAAUGUAUGACCAUGCUGGACCACGAGAAAGCGCAGUUAACGACGUUGGACGCUGGAGAGGUCUUCAUAGGUGGACGAUAUCACAGUCUUGUGCCGAUAAUGCAAGAAAUAUAUAGCAGCGGCCUAAAUUAUCAAUUCGCCGUUGCGGUGGUCAAGAAGGGCACCUUGCCCGACGUACACAGUUUGUACGAUCUUAGAGGCAAGAAGGCCUGCUUCGCUGGUGUCGGGAUGCUAGCUGGCUGGGUUAUUCCUAUUAACAAUCUUAUGAGAUACGGAGGCAUGGAAGUUAUCGACUGCAACAAUCACGUAAAGUCAACGAUUCAAUUCUUCGGACCUAGUUGUGCGGUGAACUCGUUAAUCGAUAAAUACAAUCCGCUUGGCGAUAAUUCUGAUCACUUAUGCAGCCUGUGCAUCGGAAAAGUACCGGGUGGCAAGUGUACGAGUCAAGAUCCUUACUCAGGAUACGAAGGUGCUUUUCGCUGCUUAGUUGAGUCUGGCGAGAUUGCCUUUCUGGUGCACACGACCGUGCAGGAGAUGACCUCGACGAAAUUCGACUUCAGUUCCGUGACGAAGGAGCACUUCGAGCUGCUGUGCAAGGACGGCACUCGCAAACCCGUGGACGAUUACAUGGCUUGCAAUUGGGGCACCGUGCCGUCCCGCGCGAUAGUCACGUCUUCAGCGAUCACCUUUAACAUUCGUCGAAAGUAUCAGAGCUUUUUAGAAAGAGCUGCUCGAAUAUUCAGAAACAGAAAUGACACAAGCCUCAAUCAAGGAGGAUUUGACAACAAUCAAGGGGAUUUCGACAGAAAUCAAGGAAAUUUUGACAGAAAUCAAGGAGAUUUCGACAGAAAUCAAGGAGGUUUCGACAGAAAUCAAGGAGGUUUCGACAGAAAUCAAGGGGGUUUCGACAGAAGUCGAGGGGAUUUCGACAGAAAUCAAGGGGACUUCGAUAGAAAUCAAGGGGGUUUUGAUAGAAAUCAAGGGGGUUUCGACAAUCAAAGGGAUUUCGAGAAUCGUCCGGGUUUUAACGAUAGAUUUAACGAGGGUGACUUUAACAGAGGCGGAUUUAGGAAUCCAAACGAAUAUACUACAGACAAUUUGGAUCGCAACUUGGGAUACAAUCGCAGCUUCGGCGGAAGAGGUGGAAUAGAGGGAGGAUUAAACCCGUGGGAAAGGCCUGCAAUCAAUGAUACAUUCAAUUACUAUAAUAGAGAUAGAGGCCGCACUGAAUUUACGAAUGUACAACCAAUAGAAGUGUUUGAUUUAUACGAAUCGGCACCUAGAUAUGGAAUUCAGCAUAAUUUAAUAUUCUCUGAUUCCGCUCGCGACUUUGUACAACUAAACGAAAAGGAUCAAACGUAUACUGGCUAUUUGAAGAACUCUCUAGAUUCUGUAUUAGGGGUGCGUCAUUGUCCCGUAAAUCGAAUGACACUGUGCGUUACGUCCGAGCCGGAAAUGGACAAAUGCACAAAGAUGAAGAUUGCCUUAAAAGCCCAGCUCUUGAAACCAGAUUUAUUUUGUCACAGGGGUCGCAGCCAAAUAAACUGCAUGCAGUUGAUACGCAGCGGGAUCGCCGAUGUGACUGUACUAGAUGCCAGUGACGUCUACUCCGCUGGACUGCGGUUCGGCCUGAUUCCAUUUAUAUCCGAGAUGUACAACUUGGGUACACCGGACUAUUACGUUGUUGCUGUUGCAAAGGAGGAGGACGACAACACAGACUUGACAUAUCUCAAGAACAAAUACACUUGUCACACUGGAAUCAAUACAGCCGCGGGAUGGGUUUACCCGCUGGCGUAUCUCAUCUCAAACAAAUGGAUCAGGGGAUACGGUUGCGACUCCGUGCGCGCCGCCGCCGAAUACUUCAGCAAGUCUUGCGUGCCGGGCGCGCUCAGCAGUGAAUACAAUACAGGCGUGCCUUACGAUAACAUGUGCGACUUGUGCCACGGAGUGAGCUACCGCUACUGCCGAAGAGACGCCUCCGAAGAUUAUUUCGGACACACAGGUGCCUUUAGAUGUCUGGUGGAGGGCGGUGGCGACGUGUCCUUUGUGAAGCACACGACGGUUGCAGAGAACACCGAUGGCAAGCGCAGGGAGUUCUGGGCGCGCAACACCUUCACGAAGGACUUCCAGUUGCUCUGCCCAGAUGGUACGCGCCGCCCAACUUCGGACUACAUCAACUGCAACCUGGGCAAGGUUGCCGCCAAUGCUAUAGUCACGCGCGGCGGUUAUGGCUAUAACGAGACGCAGAUCAACGCGUACAUCAAUCUAUUUAUAUACGCACAACAGUUCUACGGCCGAAAGGAGCAGGACGAGUUCAGCUUUAGCAUGUAUUACAGCCCGCCGCCUUACAGCGAUCUCAUCUUUCAGGACGCCACUCAGCAGCUGGUGGUAAUCCCGCCAAACAAGCGGGAGUUCAGCGCGUACCUCGGGCAGGAUUUUAUGAGAGCUAGGAGAAUCGUAGAUUGCAAUGCGGGCGCGUCCGCGAUAAGUUACUCGUUAUUCGCUACGAUAGUUAUGAUUACGUUCACUUUCGCGUUUGGUAGAUAAGUACGCGAGCUGCAUGCUUUAUAUACACGAAUACUUGAGUAAAAAUUCGUGUCAAGAUCACGAACGAAAAUAGAGAUCUGAUAGACGAAUCUGAUAUAGCACAUUUUAUCAAUUGGCAAUAUUUACACAUAUGUAUUAAAAUUAGUAUAUUUUAUCGCUGCUAUAUGUAUAUCGCUAAUAUUUUCAAGGAAAUAUUCUAAAUAUCAAUCAAGUGGUUUUAUAUAUGCUUUACAAGUUAUACAUUUAUACAAAAGUACAAAUGACUGAAGCCUUCGGUCUGUUCUUCGUAGCUGAAUUGGCUGCACUAGUUCAGAGUUUAUUUUAUUUCCUCUUAUCCCCCGGUUUUCAUCAACUUUGUUUAACUUUGAUCUUAGUUUAAAUCAUCUUUUGUCUCUUUCUAGUAUAAUAUCAGAGAACAACGUUGGUGAAAACAAAUAUUAAUAUAGAGAGGAAAAUCUUAAUUCUAAACUAACGCAUCCAAUUCAGCUAUAAAGUCUUGUGUUCACGAUGCUCUAGCAGAUCUAUCUCUCUGUCUGAGAACUUGGUUCAAGGAACACGAAACCAAUACAAUUGUCGUUUUUUUUUCCGUAAAGGUUGCAAAUUGAUUGGCUAUACAUUUCUUGGAUUGAGGACUCGAAUCGAGAUUUAGCAUCGUUAACACUAGGCUUGAGAGAUAGAGUUGAAUAUACAUUAUAAAUUAAAGCAUAAUUGCUGCCUUCGCGUCCGUCCAACGGAGCCAUAUCUCUAAGUGUAUCCGUCCAAAUACUUUACAAGAAACUUAUCGAUUUGGUAAUUUUAAGAAUUGUAUUUAAUAAUUUGAUACAUGUAUAUUUUCUACCGUCCACUAAUGUUUUGUAGUAAUAAAUCUUUAUAAAGUUUUCCAUGCA